GGCUGGUGCUACCGUAGAUGCUUGGCCGAUGACGAGGAGAUAGCGGACUUGGCAGUGGUGGCUUGGGCGGAGGACUUCUUGGCUUCCCCGCCCCCACAUUUUACACUCCACUCGAGAUGUUGCAUCUUUGCGUGCUGUCUGAGCUCGAAGUAAGACGUCUGUGGGGUUACCUUUUUCUUCAACGUGUUCCGGUUUUGAUGAAGGCUUGUCGAGAAUGCCUCUCGGAAGUUCAACGGUUCCACCGCAAAAUUGCCGUCUUCGCGCAUGCCGACCAUUGGCACUUGGCUCGCAUAGCACUAGCGAUAACGUCAACCCGAACACCAAGCUCGUCUGCAUGUUCUUAUGCCCAGUGAUAAUGAUGAUCUUGGUAGCUUUUAGCCGUUGGGGCGCCGAAGCAAAGCGGCAUAGCCUGGAAGUUGUCUGUGUAAACUGGGACGAUGAGAGUUUCUGCGGCUUGCAGUAUGUUUCCUGGUGGGAUCUGGUGAGGCUAGUCAGUCAGUGCUGGGAAAGCAAAAGAUGAGGUGACGUUCGGCGGAGAGGCCUGCUUCUGGUCGAUCUGCGUAGUAUAAGUAUAGUGAGCAAGCUGGCAUUUCAAGUGAA